AUGAGGGUAUGCUUUGCCAGCCAGAAGACUGGGUACGUGACCCUGGCUAUACUUGGGAUGCCGCUACCGGCCGAAGAAACCCUUCCUGACGGGAAUCUGGGUGUCCGGUACUACGAGUCAACGGAACCGUUGCCUCAGCUCUGCGGGGAUGCCUUGCCUCAAGAACCGGUGAUGGCGGUGUCCGCCUUGUCGGAGCUUGUGAUGGAAGCCUGCCCUGAUUCUUUGAUGGAGGUCUCGCCGGAACCGGUGACCGAAGCCCCGAAAGGACCGUUGACUGGGGGACCACGGGGACCGUUGAAGGAUGUAGCCCAGGAGCCUGUCGUGGGAGCCUGCCCUGCAUCUUUAGCGGAAGCCUGGGCGCAGUUUAACUUCGUCGGUCGGGUGUUGGAUGAGUGCUUGGAGAUGGAGAAGAACCGCAAACCAACACUCACUGCAAGGCAGGAAAUGGAGGUUGUUAGAAUGGCUACGGCCGCUAUCCUGAAAACGGUGUAUGAACGAGAAAGUAUAACGGACGUGUCCAUUUCUGAUUUCGAGGGGUGUUCAUUUCGAUGUUUAAAAUUGGCAUCCUUAAUUUGUGAGUGGCAAGACAGGGAGCAUGGUGGCUUUACAGAAUUGAUUGCAAGGCUGGAGGAGUUGGUAUCUAGACCGGCUGAUUUGUCUGAUACAUGGUUUCUGGCUGGCGUGGUACAGAUCUUCUCUUCAGCCAGGUAUUUGUACCGCUGGCUACCUCUUACAGUAUCGCCGCAAAGUGGCUGGGGUUGCCGGAAAAUGGUUUUUCGGGUCUCCUUCCCAGAUGAUGUCCUCCAUCUACCGGAGAGUGAGGAUUGUGUGAAACGCGUUUGUGCUAGCUCAAAGCUAGACUGGUGGUUCCAUCAAGCUAUUGGAAAUAUUUGUCGUGAUGAAGAGACUUGGCAAUUACGGGGUUGGCCAGCGGCGCUAUUCAAAAAUUAUCGUGACCUGGGCAAGAGGACAUUUGAUGAUGCCAUAAGGGCAAUGAGGCAUAUAAUUCGACCUCCAUCACACUUGUCAGAUCUUAAGUUUAUGGGUUGCUUACUCAAGUACGUUGAGACCACUUCGGCGAUGAAGACUGGGAGACGUCGUGCCGCCCACAACCCCGAAGCCACCCGGUUAUCCUCAUCUGGUGAUCCUCUGCCCUCCUCGUUCGAUUCCAGUCCAGCGCCAGCUUGUUCGACAAGGCCUUGGGUUGAUGCCAGUCGCUUGAUUGAUCCCGAUCACUCGGAUUACCCGGAUAGGUCGCUUGCCGCGGAGAUGACGUCUUUUGUGGCUGGCGUGCUUAAAGAGUGUGCGGAGAGGGAAAGCAACGAGAAAGCGGUUCUGACGGUAGAGAUGAAGCUGGAUAUUGCCAA